CUCAACAUCCCAGCCAUCAAGUGUGCAAGGUACAGUGUGUUUCUGUUGCAGGUUCAGAAUGCUACAGGACCCCAAAAGGCAUUCACCUCAGCAGAUCAUACUUCAAGUCAUUUCUACAAUACAUAUACCAACAUUUAUGCACCUGUCAUCAUUGACAGCAGUUCUUCAGAAGCUGAGGUAGAGGACUUUCCAAAGGAAGACAGUGAUGAACCUGAUGGACUAACGGCUGCAGAUGUCAUCUCAAAUCUGUCUCUGAAGAUUAACAAAACUUCCUGUAGCAGAUUCAACAUUAACCGAGCUAAUGUCUGGGAUGGUGCCUAUAGAGGCUUCAGACGCUCUACAUAUAGCCCCAACUCUGCCAUGAUGGUGAAAUUCUCCGAUGAUGUUGGGCUGGUGGAAGAGGCUUUGGACACAGGUGGGCCUACUCGAGAAUUUCUCACCCUUUUGAUGGAAGCCAUAAAGACAAGAAGAAUAUUUGAAGGAAAAGACCACGCCAAAUACCUCACAUUUGAUAGCAAAGCUGCAGAGGAAAAUGAAUAUUUCUACAUUGGAAGAAUGAUCGCAGUGUCCAUUGUUCAUGGUGGUCCAGGGCCACGUUGUCUUUCCCCAAACUUCUUCAUGUAUCUUGUUGGCAAAGACAAGACAUUUGAGACUCCAAUUGAUGAUACACCAGAUGAAGAAAUCAAGAAGGCUCUCCUUGAAGUAUUUUGUAAGAUAAAGAAUGCAAAAUCCCUGAAUGAGCUGCGAGUACUUUCUGAAAAACACUCCAGCUUGCUCCAGACUGCAGGCUGCUAUCGCUUCAUGAGGACACUGGAGGAUAAGAAGAAGGUAGUAGCUGAUUACAUUCAGUGGUACUUCAUCUAUCGAAACCAUCUUUCCAUCCAGAGGUUCAGAGAGGGUCUAGCGACGCUGGAUUUUGUCAACGCCCUGGAACAGCAUCCUUCACUCUUCUCCUCGUUCAUGUGCUACACUGAGACCAGGCUGACAGCUGAUGCUGUGGAGGACAUCUUCCACAUGCAGUUCAGUCCACCUGGCAGCACCAGGCGUCAAGAGGAAACAAGAGUACUCAGCUACUGGCAAGACUAUCUGCUUUAUGUGGAAGAGAAAAAUGGAAAUCUGUCUUUGGAAGACAUCCUUAUGUUUGCUACUGGACUGAGGGAAAUUCCUCCAGCAGGAAUUCAGCCAAAGCCACAGCUUCUUUUUGAGGCCACCUCACACUUCCCUGUAGCAAAUGUUUGUGCAAAUACUAUCAGAAUUCCAGUGUUACACAGUUAUGAGGCGUUUCAAGAAGCCAUGGAUUAUGGCAUCCAGAACUCUCCCGGGUUUGGAAUUCCCUAAACUCCAAAUCUUGUUGCUCAUAAGUUUAACCUCAGCAUUUAUGGUUUUAAUCAAAAGUUUCAAAUUUUACAUUAUUUUAUAAACCCCCCAUGUUAUCAAAUUUUAUUUUAGCAUUUUGUGAUGAAACGUUUCAAGAAAGUCUCUAAACAUAGUACAUAAAGAUUGGUGUCUCUCAGUAAAUUAGAAUAUCUGGAUUUGUCAUUUCAAAAACACUAUUUGUAAUUGGCAAAAUUUUAAAGUUUAAAAUAUUUAUAUCUUGAAAAUUAGCAUUUUAAAAUGGAAAAAAAUCAAACAUUUCCUCAAUAUUCGAAUGCACUGAGACACAGUGGUAGAAUUACACAGAAAAAAAGAUCAGCACUCUUGAGGAAAAAAGCUUUAUUUUAAUAAUAGUGCAUUUUUCUUUUAGAGGAACACAUUUGUGAAGAAAUGCUCAUUAUUCUUAGAGUUAACAAAAAUACUGAUCUUGAAUGCUUUUGUAAACCUGUCUUAGUUAAACAAAUCUGUACCUCCAUGUGCUGUUUGAUGUUACAUCAUUAAAAGGAAAAAGUUCUUUAUACAGUA